AUGGGAAGUUCAAUGAGUACACCCAACACGCGUUGCGACAGCAACAAUUCUACAGCAGAAAACUACAUUCCACCCCCUACGAUGCAACGCCCAUUGACGUUUGAAGAGAAAUUGUAUCAAAAGUUUAAAUCAGAACCGCUCGUUCCAAUUGGUUGUGCUGGAACAGCUUACUUUUUGAUGUCUGGCAUCAAAUCCUUCAAGGACCAAGACCCAAGGCGAGGCCAGAAAAUGAUGCGGAUGCGAGUCGCUGCACAAUUUGCAACUCUCAUGGCAUUUGUAGGAUAUAUGGGGUUGGAAAACGUGAAUUUUGAACUUGCUCCGAAUUACUACGCCGCAAAGAAGGCAGAGGAAGAGAUGAACAGACAGAAGGAGGCGCAAAAUCAACAGAACUAA